CUUGCACAAUUUCACCAGUUGGCGCUGUCCACUCUAUGAAUUUUGAAGAGCAAAAAUAAUAAACACUGCACUUUUGCAAAUUAGCUCAACUAUAAAUCCUUUUAAGAAUGGCCAGUGAAGUUGCUUUGAAAAAUGUAGACAAUGCGUGCGAAACCGCAGAAGAAUUUACAAGAGUAUUCUACAAACAAGUAGAUAAUAGUAGACAUUUAACCUCGAAGUUGUAUCUAGACACAGGACUAUUGGUUUGGAAUGGGAAUGGAAUUAAUGGAAAUGAUAAAAUCCAAAAGUUUCUCAUGGAUUUGCCUGCCAGCAAUCACGUAUUAAAAACAUUAGACGCCCAACCGAUAUCGGAAAAUUUAGUAGCAAAUAAACUGACAUACCUUAUUCAAGCUUGUGGAGACGUCACAUACCAAAACGACGAUGUUAAAAAACCAUUUCAACAAACAUUCCUUAUUGUUGCCGUUGAAGGUAAAUGGAAAAUAGCAUCAGACUGUUUUAGACUCCAAGUACCACAUAGUAAUUAGGUAUUUUUGUUUUAAGGUUUGAAUAAAGUUGAUGUAAUUAAAAAAAUAA